UGUUAAGUCUGGUUAAGUCCAGCGUAGGGCCGAGGCCCAGCAUUCGCACUGGAAGGCAGCUGGCUCUUGUUAGGCCUAAUCAGAGGUGAAUUAGCCGUCCUAGCCAGUGUAAGACCGAGGCCCAGUGAGCGAGCUGGAAGGCAACUGGCAGCCAGCAUAAGACCGGGGCCCAGCAUUCACGCUGGAAGGCAGCUGGUUCUGUGAGGGAGUGGGAAGGAACGUCUCUCCCGACUCCGAAUCUGAUGGGCAGUGGACGCCCUUCGGUGAGAUGACACUGGGAAGCAAGACAGCAGUAACCCGGGAUAGACCUAGUUCUGUGUUUUCGGCCGAUAUUUGUUUCUCUUCUGUCUGUCGCCUUUGUGUGCCGACACCACUUUCGUUUUUUUGUGUGUUCAUUGUGAGCUCCAUCGUUAUGGGUCAAAGCUCUUCCACCCCUUUGUCUGUGAUGACUGACCAUGAAGAUCGGGAGAGUCAGAAGAAGAAGCUGAUACUCCAGGAAUCCUCUUUAUAUCCUAGCCUGAUUGACUUAUACACUGAAAUCUCAUCUCCCCCAUAUAUGCAGCCACCCUUGCCCCCGCAGUUACCGCAGGUGUCGCCGUGGAUCAAAGGAGGGACCCAGAACCCUCGGCUCCGCCAUGGGAAGGGGGGCCGGCCCAAGGAACUCGCGGAAGAACUGGAAGGGGCGGAGACUUGUCUGAGGAUGGAAGCCAGGAGGCUCCUUCAUCCACCGUUCAGGCAUUCCCUGUCCGGGUGGGGCCAGCAAAUCCCAGUGGGGAACGAACAUACCAGUACUGGCCGUUUUCUACGAGUGAUUUAUAUAACUGGAAAACUCAAACCCCUUCUUUUUCCGAAAAACCCUAAGGUCUUAUUGAUCUCUUAGAUUCUAUCCUGUUUACUCACAAUCCUACUUGGGAUGAUUGUCAUCAGCUGUUGCAGGUGUUCUUCACCACGGAGGAAUGGGAGCAAAUUCUAUCGGAAGCAUGAAAACAUGUUCCAGGAGUGGACGGAAGACCCACCACGCAGCCCCACCUAAUCGAGGAGGGGUUUCCUUUGAUGCGACCGAACUGGGAUUUUGAACGCGCUGAAGGUAGGGAGCGUCUCCGAGUGUACAGCCAGACUCUGAUGGCUGGCCUCUGGGCAGCCGCCAGGAAACCAACGAAUUUGUCUAAGGUAAAUUUGAUAAGACAGGAGCCAAAUGAGAGCCCGGCAGCCUUUUUAGAGAGGUUAAUUGAGGCUUUCAGGCAGUAUACGCCCAUGGACCCUCAGGCUGAUGAGUCACGCGCAGCAGUCUUGCUAGCCUUUGUUAAUCAGGCAGCUCCGGAUAUCAGGAGGAAGUUACAGAGGAUAGAGAGGCUGGGAGAACAGUCAAUACAGGAUCUGGUGAGGGCAGCUGAGAAAGUGUUUAAUAACAGAGAGAAAGGGAGGAACAAAUUAGACGGGAGGAAAGGGAAUUUAGAGCUAAGGAAAACUGAAGAAAUCAGAAAGAGCUGGCUCAAAUUUUCUUUGCAGGGACGAGACUGGGACCUGAUUCCCAGAAGACUCAAGACACCCAGCCGAAAGGAAGGGAGAAACCAGCCAGACCGACCCUAAAGAGAGACCAAUGUGCCUAUUGCAAAGACCAAGGGCACUGGAAAAAUGAGUGCCCCAAGAGAAACCUGAAAAAAAGGACUGUAAGGAAAGAAGAGUCUCCCUCGGAUACCCACAUCUUAUAUGCAGGAGGAGAUAGUGAUUAGGGGGGUCGGGGCCUGGCACCCCUCCCUGAGUCCUGGGUAACUAUUAAUGUGGAGGGGAAACUGGUCGGCUUCACGGUGGAUACGGGAGCCCAAUACUUGGUCUUCAAUCAAAAAUUCGGGCCGAUGUCCAAGAAGACUAGCUUGGUCCAGGGAGCCACCGGGACAAAAUGAUAUUACUGGACUACUAAACUAAAAGUGGACUUGGGAGCCCAACGGGUGCCCCACUCAUUUCUGGUGAUCCCGGAAUGUCCGGCCCGUUUAUUAGGAAGAGACAUAUUUUCCAAAGUCAAUGCACAAAUUCACUUUGAUUCUGGAGGGAUAUCAGUCACAGAUGGGCUUGGACAACCAAUUCAUGUUUUAUUCCUGGCACUGAGAGAUGAAUACAGACUAUAUUCACCAAACCCCCCUGCAGCUGUGGACCCGGCUAUGCUACAAUGGAUCCAAAAAUACCCUCUGGCCUGGGCCGAGUCGGCAGGAGUAGGACCGGCAAAACAAAGACCUCCCAUCAUUGUUGAUUUAAAAGCAAAUGCUACCCCUGUGAAGGUAAAGCAGCACCCCCUGAGUCAGGAGGCCCGGCAAGGAAUCACGCCACACAUACAGCGCCUCCUGAAGAUAGGGAUUCUUAAAAAGUGCCGGUGCCCAUGGAAUACUCCCCUGCUGCCUGUGAAAAAGCCCAGGGGAACAGACUUUAGACUGUCCAAGAUCUUCGGGAAGUCAGCAAACGGUUUGCCUCUGGCCCCCCAGAGCCAAGAGAUCUUCGCAUUCGAGUGGACUGACGAAGACAGUCAAACUGUAGGACAGCUGACCUGGACUCGCCUUCCAUAGGGAUUUAAAAACUUGCCGGCGUUGUUCAACGAGGCUCUAGGUGAGGACCUCUGGGAGUACCAGAUUAGCCACCCCCACAUUGUCCUGUUGCAAUAUGUGGAUGACCCCAUGCUGGCCGCUACUAGCAAGGAGACAUGCCUAGAGGCCACAGGCAACCUCCUUCAGACUCUGGGGACAUUGGGGUACCAGGCGAGUGUAAAGAAGGCCCAAAUUGCUGAACAGGAAGUCGUUUACUUGGGGUACAAAAUAAAACAGGGGCAAAGAUGGUUGACUCAGGCUAUGAAAGAGACUAUUUUAUAGAUCCCCGAGCCAACGACUCCUUGGCAAGUGAGGGAGUUCUUAGGGACUGACUGUUGGGUACUGCAGGCUAUGGAUCCUGGGGUUUGCUGAAAAGGCCCGGCCUCUAUACCGGGAAGUAGAGAAAAUAAGAACUGGACUUGGACUGAGCCAAUGAGGCGGGCAUUUCAGGAACUUCGACAGGUGUUACUGGAAGCCCCAGCCCUAGCUCUCCCUGACCCGGCUAAGCCAUUUCAACUGUUUGUGGAUGAAAAGCAGGGAGUGGGAAAGGGAGUCCUGACACAGCAAUGGGGACCUUGGAGGCGGCCUGUGGCAUACCUCUCUAAACGGCUGGACCCGGUAGCUGCUGGAUGGCCGCCCUGUCUCCGUAUCAUCGCGGCCGCUGCUCUCCUUGUCCAUGACGCCGACAAGUUGACUUAUGGACAGCGCCUCCUGGUCUACACUCCCCAUGCCAUAGAGGGGAUCCUCAAACAGCCACCGGGUAAGUGGAUUUCUAACGCUCGCUUAACCCAUGACCAAGCCCUGCUGUUAGAUGCUCCCCGGAUACGCUUUCAGACACCUUGUUUUCUAAAUCCUGCUACUCUCUUGCCCAUCCCAGAGGAGGAUGGGCCUCUCCAUGACCGUGUUGAAGUAUUGGCUGAGGUAACCGCCAUACGAAGAGACCUCAGCGACAUACCAUUAAAGGACAGUGAGCUGAUAUGGUUCACAGAUGGGAGCAGUUAUAUAAAGGAUGGGCAGAGAAAAGCAGGGCCAGCCAUAGUAGAUGACACUGGGAGGGUCGUCUGGGCUGAGGCUUUGCCCCCUGGAACAUCCGCCCAAAAAGCAGAAUUGAUAGCUGUGAUACAAGCACUAGAGAGGGCGAAAGGAAAAAAGGUCACCAUUUACACUGACAGCCGGUAUGCAUUCGGCACCGUGCAUAUUCAAGGCCCUAUAUAUAAAGAGCAGGGGUUCUUGAUGGCAGAGGGAAAAGAGAUUAAGAACCUACCUGAAAUACAGACUCUUUGCAGCGGUCCACUUGCCCCGGGCAGUAUCCAUAGUACAUGUCCCAGGACACCAGAAAGGAGAAGAUGCCAGGGCCCGAGGCAACCGUGCUGCCGAUGCAGCAGCCCAUGAGGUGGCCGCUGGAUACUGCCAAGCUCAUGUGCUGGCUGUAGGAUUACCACCGCCGGGGAUGGGGACUCUCCCCUCAAGCCCCAUAUACUCCCCCUCUGAUUUAAGCUGGAUGCAGGAUAACACCAACCGCCCUGCGGGCAAGGACGGAGGGUAUCGGGACCAGGAUGACAACCUGUUGCUUCCUGCCGACCUGGGCAGACAUCUCUGUACCCAUUUACAUCAAACCACCCAUUUGGGAGAGAAAAAGACUUUGACGCUUCUACAAGCAGCGCAGCUGUGGUUUCCCCGACAAAAGAUAACCAUACAGGACAUGUCCGCACCUGCAAGGCCUGUCAGAUGAUGAGACCGGGAAAAGGACAGCACACAGGUGUAAGAUACUGGGGGAAAGGUGGGGACAGCAUUGGGAGAUAGAUUUUACAGAGGUCAGGCCAGGCAAGUAUGGCUAUCGUUACCUGUUAGUUUUGGUUGAUACAUUUUCUGCGUGGGUAGAAGCUUACCCCACUAAAAAGGAGACAGCAAUAAUAGUGGCUAAGAAGCUCCUAGAAGAGAUAAUACCUAGGUUUGGGCUGCCAGCAUCUAUUGGCUCUGAUAAUGGACCUGCAUUUGUGAGCAAAAUUGUUAAAGGUCUGGUCUCAGCCCUGGGGACCAAAUGGAAGCUACACUGCGAGUACAGUCCCCAGAGCUCAGGCCAAGUAGAAAGAAUGAAUUGGACCCUAAAGGAAACUUUAACAAAGCUGGCAAUAGAGACUGGUGGGGACUGGGUAACCCUCCUUCCCUUUGCGCUUUUUCGGGCACACAAUACCCCCUAUAAACUAGGUUUGACUCCCUUUGAAAUUGUAUAUGGAAGUCCACCCCCCAUUUGUUCAGUGUUUGAGGGAAAGACUAAACCAUCUCUCUCGCUAGCACGUUCCAACAAGAGAUGCUGGCUUUAAGUAAAGUGCAUAAACGUAUCUGGUCACUGAGACGAGAAGUUCAUGAGGGCCAGAGUAAAGGAACCAUCCCGUCCCAUGAUAUGGGCCCGGGAGAUUGGGUCUGGGUUAAGAGACACCAGUCAAAAACCUUAGAGCCAAGAUGGAAGGGCCCCUAUGUUGUUCUCCUUACCACCCUCACUGCCCUAAAGGUGGCCAGAAUUGGACCCUGGGUGCACUGCAACCACGUGCAUCGUGCCACCCCAGAGGAACAAGAAAAGGCCCAAAAAGAAUGGAAGGCAACGCCGCAUCCCACCAACCCCUUAAAAAUGAAGCUCGUCCGCCAGCUGGCCCCAGACAAAUCCCCCUGACUCUCCUGUUGGUGGCCCUCCUUCUCCACUCCGGAACUGCUGGUGCUAACCCACAUCAACCUGCUAAGAUCAGCUGGACGCUUCGUAAUGGACUAACCCAUGAGGUACUCAAUUCGACUACUGGAAUCCCCCCAAUACCUGGUGGCCAGAUUUAUUCUUUGACCUUGGACCUUUGUAAAAAGAACAUAUCAGUACAGUUCAAGUGAUGAUGCUGAGACAACACUAUCAGGCAAUGUCUCAGAAUGAAGAGGAGGAUUCCUCUCCAUGAUCAAAGGACGGGGGGAAAGUUGGGACCUAACAAACACCAUGAUAGGCUUCA